AUGAGCUCAGACGAAGAAAAGUAUAAUCAAACAAUGAUGUACAGUGGGAUCUACUACAUCUCAUUAACAUCAUUGUUUUGCAUUUUCCCCAUGCUAGCCGACUUGUUCAAUGGCUUCUGUGAAGGAAGAUUUUGGUUUCCACCCAAGUAUUUCUCUCUUAACGUAGUUUCCAUCACUGCAAUAAAUGUCCUGAUUGUGAUGAAACUCCCUAUGGGUUUGUAUAUUCAGGGCCAAGUAGCCAAGCUAGGAAGCAUGGCGACUAUGGCGUUCAUGUCCACCAUGGUGGCUAACAUGCUCCCUUCUUUGGGAUAUAUGGACAACAAGACACUUGUUGAUAGUGUCAUAGGUUUUACUAUUCCAAUUAUCCUCGUAAUUGUGGAUAGUUUUAUGGAGUUUAAUACCGGUGUUAUUAGCCACGUAAAAAAUUUAGCAUACACCCUCAUCGCUAUGCUAGUCUUCUUACUAAUAAUUUUGAUUUCUGCUGCUAUAGCAAUUCCUUCUCUUAAGCAGAUUUUAGAAGCCCGGUAUCAAGCCACUAGCCAAAGAGUGUCAAGAAAUCAACGUCCAGAAGAUAGAUUCAAUGUGGAGAAGCUGAGAGAAUAUGUGAAAAUACAUCUAAUCUUGGCAGAAACUUGCGACCCUCAGUUUGCUUUGGCUAGUAGUCCAUUAUCCUCUACUUCUGGCUUAAUUUGCUUACUUGUUUUAAUCAUCUACAUACCUGUGGCUGCGUUAGUAUUGAUAACAGAUCAUGAGAGAAUGUCGGGAUCUCGUUAUAGAUGGUGGCCAACCAUUACAAUACAGUCUAUUGGAGUUGUAGUGGGUUCCAUUGCUCCGAUAUGUAGAUAUUUCACAGCCACUCGUUUGGAAACUUCUGCUGUUUUUAAAGUAGAAGAGUAUUGGACACUAAAGUUGAGCGAGUGGAAAGAAAGUCGUAUCUCUUUUCUAUCAAAUGGCCGAUCAAGGAAUAUGCACAAAAGACAGUCUCCAUGCUUGACAGCCAUCCACCUCAAUGGCGACUUUUGA